AUGAAGUAUCUUGAGUCAUGUGUGAAGACAAGGUACAUUCUCAGAGGUCAAUUGGCAAAAAUUGCACCGUUGGCAAAUGUCAAUAUCCGAGUCAACAUACCUACAGCUAAAGGUUCUUCACAUGACGACUAUGUUGUUGAGUUCAAUUUACCAUGGUUGAAGAUUGUAAUUGUCCACAACCACUUCAUGUUGAACGAAAGUCUUACAAACCCAUUGUUCGGAAAAGGCAAGUGCAACAUUGUCAGAGCUGUAAACAUUCUUUUCGAGAAAGGUUUGUUGGAACCAAUUCCAGAUGACAAGCUGACAGAAACUUUUGUACCAAAAGACGAAACAAACUUUUCACUGUUAGCAAGACCAAAAGUUGUUCCAGACAAAGUUCUAGUACAAAAGAAGUACACAAUUCCACAAGGAGUUGGAUUGUUCGGAUACCAACCUGAACCAGAAGAACUUCCAAUGAGGUUGCAAGAACUUCAAGAUGCUAUAAACAAACUUCCAUUGAGACAUCCAAUUGACGUCAAAUUGUAUUGGAGAGCAUCUGAGUUAGGUCAGAAGGUUUUAUAUGAAACAGGUUGCUUCGACGAUGUUUAUGAGAUAACAGGAGAAGUUUCUCAGAAGAUAAGAGACUCACUUGAAUUUCCACAAACUGGACCAAUUGGUUGCGACAAGUUCGACUCAGAUGAAAAGAUAUACUAUGUCGACCUUAACGCUGCAUACAUGAG